CGCCCCGGCAGCGUGUCUGGCUUGCCUUUCCGCAUCCCUCUGUCCAUCUCCAAGUCCCUCAGUCAGACUGUACCGAGCGCGGGGCCGCAGCAGAGGUGCCCUCCUGCAGACCCGCCACACCCCCAGCCAGGCCGGAUUGGAGUGCCCCCAACACCAUGGGCUGGGGAGCCGGUGGAAGCUGUACUCCGCGCCCACCAAUCCGCCAGCAGCCUGGGUCCGAGACUCGCGUGAUCACAGUGGUCUUCCUUGGCCUCCUGCUGGACCUCCUGGCCUUCACUCUGCUGCUGCCCCUGCUGCCCGGGCUGCUGGAGAGCCACAGCCGGGCCCACGACCCCCUCUAUGGCUCAUGGCAGCGAGGAGUGGACUGGUUUGCCGCAGCCAUCGGGAUGCCAGCAGAGAAGAGGUACAACAGCGUCCUGUUCGGAGGUCUGAUUGGCUCCAUCUUCUCAGCCCUGCAGUUCCUCUCAGCACCACUCACGGGGGCCAUUUCGGACUGCCUGGGGAGGCGCCCAGUGAUGCUGUUGUCCCUGGCAGGUCUGGCCUCCUCUUAUGCUGUGUGGGCAGCCUCGGGGAGCUUCGCAGCCUUCCUGGCCUCCAGGGUGAUUGGUGGCAUCAGCAAGGGGAACGUCAGCCUCUCCACAGCCAUUGUGGCCGACCUGGGCUCUCCGCCCGCCCGAAGCCGAGGCAUGGCAGUCCUCGGGGUGGCCUUCUCGCUGGGCUUCACGCUGGGCCCCAUGCUGGGCGCCUCCCUGCCUGUGGAGACCGCGCCCUGGCUCGCCCUGCUCUUCACCGUCUCUGACCUGCUGUUUCUCUUCUGCUUCCUGCCGGAGACACUGCCCCUGGAGAAGCGGGCGCCCUCCAUCACCCUGGGGCUCCAAGCUGCUGCGGACCUGCUCAGCCCCCUGGCCUUGUUCCGCUUCUCUGCCGUGGCCCGUGGCCAGGACCCGCCCACUGGAGACAGCCUCAGCCACCUGCGCCGCCUGGGCCUGGUCUACUUCCUGUACCUCUUCCUGUUCUCGGGCCUGGAGUACACACUAAGCUUCCUUGCACACCAGCGCUUCCAGUUCAGCAGCCUGCAGCAGGGAAAGAUGUUUUUCUUCAUCGGACUCACCAUGGCCACCAUCCAGGGCGCCUACGCCCGGCGGAUCAGCCCCGGCAGAGAAAUUGCAGCUGUGAAGCGGGCCAUCCUGCUGCUGGUCCCUGCCUUCCUCCUCAUCGGCUGGGGGCACACACUGCCUGUGCUGGGCCUGGGGCUGCUGCUCUACUCCUUCGUGGGUGCCUCACUGAUGCCCUCCACCCCCAGCUGCCGCUGUCGUGGUGCCCUGCCUGUCUUCCGUGGUCGCCGGCUAUGGCUCGCCUGGGCAGAAGGGCACGGUCAUGGGCACACUGCGGAGCCUGGGCGCUCUGGCCAGGGCGGUGGGGCCCAUGGCGGCUGCCUCAGUGUACUGGCUGAUGGGUGCCCCGGCCUGCUUUACCGUGUGCUCAGGGCUCUUCCUGCUCCCCUUCCUCCUCCUGCGGACCCUGCCGCCUCUGGCGUGCGCACUCAAGGCCGAGUAGCAGAGCCAGCCCCACCCAGGCCGGGCAGCUGAGGCAGGAAGUCGGAGUCUGGGCCAAGACCACCCCUUUCUUCGCCCUGGGGCCCAGCCUAGGACGUCGCAGGGGCCCCUCCAACACUCCAGACCCGGGCAACCCUGCCUGUUACACACAUAGUCGGGGACUCUGGUUUGUUUUUUACACUUUGGAACAGGCAAUCAGCCAGGCGUCCGAAUGACAAUAAAGCAGCUAUUUUAUAACAAG